GAGAUCUGGCUUCUGCUCGCACAGCUCAGCUGUCUCCUGGAGGUGUGUUUGCUCUUCCGCAUAUUUGAGCCGCUUCUACUCCCAUUAUUGUAGUAGUAGUAGUAGUAGUAAGCCAUUUUCAGUGAGCCGUUGCUGGAGAGAGCGAGGGUGUAAUUGACCUGAUGGAUGGGCAACAACAAGGUGAAGAAUUUGUACACAAGCGUCCACCUUCCACACUCAGCGUCCGGGGAGCGUUGUAGGUGAAAGCAUUCCUGGAGUAUUCUGUCCACGCCAGACAAAUCCGCGGGGUCUGUUGAUUACAGCUUUAUAAGCUUGAAGGGUGACUGUGUGCAGUCAGCGGGUAAUCAUAUCCAAAGGGAAGAAGGAUCAGUGUUACACAGUGCAGGGAUCACCACCCUGCUCUCUCAUCAAGCAUUGCUCCUCCCUGUGAAAGGAAGGUUGGGACCAUCUCUUCAAACCAGCAACUCCAGCGAUGGUGCCAAUUCCAGCAGCGUAAAUGUCCAAACCUUUACAGAUGGAGGCAUUCAACAGUUAUGGCUGCCUGUAGCGUGGAUAGCGAGGGUUCAACUCCUGCCUGCCUUCAAAUAGGAAGGCAUGCCGCAAACAGUGACCUCUGCAAGUAUGUUUAAUACCAGUGGCUUUAGCCAUCAGCUUCACCCAACCAAAGAAGAUGAACAUGGAAUGUUAAUAUUUCAGGAUGGUAACCUCAUAUCUGCAUCUUUAGAGGCUUUGAUCGAGCAUCUCAUCCCUACAGUUGAUUACUAUCCUGAAAAAGCAUAUAUAUUUACGUUUCUACUAAGUUCAAGAUUAUUCAUCGAACCCAAGGAGCUUUUAUCAAAGGUUUGUCGCAUGUGCAUAGAGCAGCAGAGUCUGGACGAGCCAGAACUUGACAAGGUAAGAAUUAGAAAAUUUGGACCUAAGAUAAUGCAGCUGCUGACAGAAUGGACAGAAACUUUCCCUUCUGAUUUUCGAGAUGAGAGAAUGAUUGGACAUCUGAAGGACAUGAUCAGGAGGAUAGCUUCCUGUGAUGAGAGUUAUUGGAAAACAAUGAAUCAGCUUUUGCAAACCCUAAACCAAAAAUUGGCAACUCUAAACAAAGGUGAAGAAAAUACAGUCAAGGUUAAUGCGAGCAUGAAUGAUAAAUUAGUUGUUAUCAAGACAAAACCUCCAUCGAUUCAAAGAGAUAUAAUAAGUAUCUGCAAUGACCCUUACACACUGGCACAACAGCUAACUCGUAUUGAACUGGAACGAUUAAGUCUUAUUGGGCCUGAAGAGUUUGUGCAAGCAUUUGUACAUAAAGAUGCUUUAGAAGACACAAAGUCUUGCUUCAGCGAGCAAAAGAAAACAGAAAAUCUCGAAGCUUAUGUUAAAUGGUUCAACAGACUCUGCUAUUUGGUGGCUACUGAAAUAUGCAUGCCUGCUAAGAAGAAACACAGAGCACAAGUAAUAGAAUUUUUUAUCGAUGUUGCUCGAGAGUGCUUCAAUAUUGGCAACUUCAAUUCCUUGAUGGCAAUUAUAUCUGGUAUGAACAUGAGUCCUGUUUCACGGUUAAAGAAGACAUGGGGCAAAGUUAAAACGGCUAAAUUCUUCAUUCUUGAGCAUCAAAUGGACCCCACAGGCAACUUCUACAACUACAGGACAGCACUUCGUGGGGCAGCUCAUAGGUCACUGACCGCACACAGCAACCAGGAAAGGAUUGUUGUUCCAUUUUUCAGCCUGCUGAUCAAAGAUAUUUACUUCUUAAAUGAGGGUUGUGCAAACCGUCUUCCCAAUGGACAUGUCAAUUUUGAGAAAUUUUUAGAACUGGCCAAACAAGUAGGAGAAUUUAUGAUGUGGAAGCAGGUGACAUGUCCAUUUGAAGUCGAUCAAAAUAUGAUCCAUUAUCUUCACACUGCUCCUGUCUUCUCCGAGGAUGGUUUAUAUUUAGCAUCAUAUGAAAGUGAAAGUCCAGAAAAUCAAGUUGAAAAGGAAAGAUGGAAAGCUUUAAGAUCAUCCCUCUUGGGAAAAACAUGAUUAGAUGGAAGAAGAAAGACUCAAUGCUUCCGGUAGUAUCGCUUGCACUAUUGACUUUGUGGACCAGCAAAGACCUGGAUUUUCUUAUGAACUUUGAUGAGCAGGAUUCAUCAAUGAAAGUUAAACUGACACAGAGAGAAAAAUGAUUCCUUCCCCCAUUGCAAUUCUUUGAACAAACGCAGUAUUUAAGUUGUGCAGGUGCUAUAAAGGGAAAACUGAAUAAUAUUGAAAUUACAGAAGAAACUGAAAACAUAAAUCUUUUUGUCUCAAUAAAUUACUGUGUCAGGAUUUUUUUUUUAAUAAUGUGGGCACUGGAUUGCUCAUGUUUUCAACUCUACUUGAAUUGGGUUUGAAUAUAUGAGCUGUGUUCAAGAAGCAGUGGAUUCACUAUGCUCUUUAUCUCAACUGGAACAGAACACUUCCAUCUGAGGGAGGACUCUACUAGACUGAUAUUCAGUUGUGUACAGUACUUGGUAACUCUACAGUGUUGUCAUGUUUAACUCAGUGCGUACCAGACCUGGUCACAUGCAUGCAUUUAAAAUGUCUCAUUAAAGUUUGAAUUAUUGUCAUUUUUAACUUGCUUGUUUAGCAAAUUGAAACAAUUCACCACUAAUGCUGAUAAAUCAAUAAAGGCAUACAUAAUGUAUAUAUAAAUCUCAUCAAGCACUGUGCUGUUUCAGUUGUGAAAAAACUUUGGAUUCCAAAAUAUAAUUUCAGUUAAGCCAAAUGCACAUUGCAAUCACUGUUUAAUAUAACAUUUGAAGCUGGAAUAUAUAAUAGGUAAUGGAGACUUAAACUGAGUGCAAUUACAUAAUGUCUGUAACAUCUCCAUAAAUGUAUUAUAAUUUCUUGGACUUAAAUGGGACAGAAGCAUGCUGUUUCCAGCAAUGUGGUGAUAUUUUUUAAUAAAAUUAUGAUUUUCACAUAGAAUAAAAUUCUGCUUAGGGCUGUUAACAGUCAACUGAACAAACAUAUUGAUAAGGAAUAUUACAAAAACUAAGUCUGCUGUGUAUGAUUAUACCACAGAAAUAAUUACAUUUCUGGGAAUCAAAGACAUUCAAAUACCCGUUAUAGUGUAAAUGUAUAAAAAUGGCAUCCGAUCAAAGUAACAAAUAGAAAGGUUUUUUUGUACAUUCAUGUAAAUGGAAUCAUAAUAUUGUCAUACAUAUUACUGAAAUGUACAUACAUGUUCUGAUCUUCUUUGCCUUGCAUCUAAUUGCAAGUAAUUGUUUAACAAACAGUUUAUUUAAUAAAUUGUUUGUCAAUUACUUUAUCCUUUUAAUAAUUAAACUAGAAUUAUCAAGAUCACCCAAAUCAAUGCAGCUCAUAUAUACCACCUUCGGACGAGUGGUAAAUAUGGCCAUUGUUCUGGCUAUUAUUGAACACACAGUAUCAUGUCUGUAACUGAAUCUUAAUGUGCACAGUUCACCAUUUUGUGCUGGAUCAUACUUGCCAUUCUGAUAUUUCAUUACAAUAUUUCACUUGAAAAUCAGUUGUCAAAUACAGUAAACAGCCUAAAAUAGCAUGCUUCCAUCCACGGUUUUGUAUUCUUUAUUUGCUUUAAAAAAAAAUAAAGUUGCAGCGGUGGUAAUUAAAAUGUAUUUGUUUUAAACUGCUUUAUGAGAUUAAUAAUUGAAAUAUUGUUUAUAAUCGGGCUAAUUUAUCUGUGCAUAGAAUGUAUAUAUAUAUGUAAUUUAUACUGUGUUCUAACAGUUUGGCUGAAUGGUUAUCAAUUUCUAAUUUUUGUACCCAUGUGAAUGUUUUAAAUUCUUCUAAUAAAUUAAGGGAGCCAUUAUAAUCAUGAAA